AUGACUACUUUGGGCAACCUGACACCCGCAAGCACUGUGUUUUUCUGUUGUGAUAUGCAAGAGCGAUUCCGGCCUGCCAUCAAGUACUUUGGUGAUAUCAUCAGCGUGGGCCAACGACUGCUCCAAGGUGCCCGACUCUUAGGAAUUCCAGUUAUUGUAACUGAACAGUAUCCCAAAGGUCUUGGCAGCACUGUGCAAGAAAUUGAUUUAACAGGAGCUAAACUUGUGCUUCCCAAAACAAAAUUUUCAAUGGUGUUGCCAGAAGUUGAAGCAGCAUUAGCAGAGAUCCCUGGAGUCCGCAGCGUUGUCCUGUUUGGAGUAGAAACUCAUGUCUGCAUUCAGCAAACAGCAUUGGAAUUAAUCGGCAGAGGUCUGGAAGUUCAUAUUGUAGCUGAUGCCACCUCAUCGAGAAGUAUGAUGGACAGAAUGUUUGCUCUUGAGCGUCUUGCUCGUACUGGAAUUAUAGUUACUACUAGCGAAGCUAUAUUGCUGCAGCUGGUAGCUGAUAAAGAACAUCCAAAAUUCAAAGAAAUCCAAAAUCUCAUUAAAGCCAGUGCCCCUGAGUCAGGGCUUCUUUCCAAAGUUUAAAGAUGUGGAGGAAGCAGAUCUCAUUGUCAUCUUUAAGGAGGAAGGAAAGCUGUAAGCGCACAUGUACACCUUCUUUCACUCAGAGUUUGGUAGAAGUGUAAAAUUAAAAAUUGACAUACUCGUGCUUGCCUUAGCAAAAUUGUCUGGUUAUACCUCUCGGUGCCAGUAUGUUCUGUUUAGUUACAGCUGUCAGAGGCUUUGGGUACUGUAGGACCCUUUUGUUGUCAAAUUUCCGUAUUUAUUUAAAAAAAAAAAAUUAACAGAGGUGCCUGCUAGUCUGUACUGUACACUGAUUGUAAGAUGUCCAAAAAGUGCAUAUUUCUGUGACACUUCUUGACUGUGCACUUUGUAGAAGUGUUCCGGGAUACUCUGUUUUACUUUUGUAUUAAUAGAAGAUAAUUAACGUAUUGGAUAAAUGUGAUGUGAUAGACUUUAAUGUUCUAUGUAAAUGAAACAUUUUAGUA